AUGGUUUUAGAGUGGCUGCUUAUACCAUCUCUACGGUCGAUUGUCUACGACACAUGUGAGGCUAUUGCACAAGAGUACACAGAAGAGGUCAUGCCGACACCAAAAACCCAAGAGGCUUGGAAGGAGGUGGCUGAAGAGUUUUUAACGAGCUGGAACUUUCGUAACCCUCUUGGUGCAAUAGACGGAAAGCAUGUAGCUAUAAAAUGUCCACGAAAUUCAGGCUCUUUCUAUUACAACUAUAAGGGUUUCUACUCUAUCAUACUCCUCGCAAUAGUUGAUGCUGCAUACAAGUUUCUGUGUGUUGACAUUUGGGUAAAUGGUAGUUGCUCAGAUGGUGGUGUCUUCAAGGACUGCGACAUCUUUAUAUGA